UCAAUAUAAAAACCGAUGCAAAAGCAGCUCAGUAUCAGUCAAAAGUCUUCCAAAAUGAAGGUAGCCGCUUGCUUGCUCGUCCUAGUUGCCCUGGCCGCUUCGGCACCUCAGCCGAGGAAGGACUUCCACGAACACUUCGAGGACUUCCUUGACUUGAUCAUCCAGGAGGCUGGGGAGCAGAUGGGGGAACUCAGGGAAACUUACGAGCAGUUCGAAGAGUUCAAUGCAGCGUUGAACUACAUACAGUCCGCCGGCUUUAAGGAAAUCAUUUUGGAAAUGGAGUCGUUGCAUGAAUUCCAAGCUGUGGUAGACUUCCUGGAGGCUGACAACAUUGACAUCACUUUCUUCCUGGACAAACUCGACGAAGUUGUCAACGCCAUCCCCAGCUCCCGGCGCAGCGCCCGCGAGGCCUCCGGCACUUCCCUGACCUCCUUCCUUCAGGACAGCAUUGCUCUCUUCCCCAAAGAAAAGUUGGACGCUCUCUUCCAUCAGAAGAAGGAGGAGGAUGAGGAGUUCAGGAACGCUAUCGACAACCUGUUCUCUGACGAAUGGAUAGCUACGUUCACCGCUCUGCGCGAGACUCCUCAGUUCCACGAGGAGGCCGCUACUUUGCACGAAAAUGGAAUCGACCUUCAUGUUUUGAUCGAAGAAGUUGUUGCUAUUUUUGGGCAGAACAAGUAAAUU